UGUCGCGCCGGUCAUGCUGUGGGAGAACCAUGGAAUGUCAACGGUAAAGAUCUACAUACAGUCUUGAAUUUGAUUCCGCUUGGAUUUGCUAUUGUUUUGUACCCUCAUGAGGACAUCUAGAAAGUAAGCUUUUCUGUAAUAAUGGCUCGUGUGGUAAAAGUGUUUCGGACUCUACGGAAUCACUGGAAGAAGUCCACAGUUGCUGUGUGUCUGCUGUCAUAUGGGGGACAUUGGCUGUAUGGAAAGCACUGUGACAGUGUGCUGCGACGGGAAGCAUGUCUAGAGGCCAGGGAGUUUGGUCGACAAUUAAUUGGACCACAGGAACAUCUGAAGAAAGCCACAGUUAUUCUGAAUCCUGCUGCCUGCAAAGGAAAAGCAAAUAGUUUGUUUGAGAAAAAUGCAGCCCCUCUUUUACACUUGGCUGGUGUGGAGAUUAGAAUUGUGAAGACUGAUUAUGAAGGCCAGGCAAAAAAGCUCAUUGAAUUGAUGGAGCAAACAGAUAUGCUGAUAAUUGCUGGUGGUGAUGGGACGUUACAAGAGGUGAUAACUGGCCUACUGCGUAGAGCUGAUGAGGAGACCUUCAGUAAAAUACCAAUCGGUUUUAUUCCUCUGGGUUUCAGUAACUCUCUGAGUCAGAGCCUGCAUUUAGUUUCUGACAACAAAGUACAACACAUUACCACAGCAACCCUGUCUAUUCUUAAAGGGGAAACAGUCCCACUGGAUGUUCUGCAGAUAAAAGGUGAGAAGGAGCAGCCAGUGUUUGCCCUGUCAAGCUUACGCUGGGGUGCAUUUAGAGACGUUGCUACUAACAUAAGCAAAUAUUGGUAUCUUGGACCCUUAAAAACAAGAGCAGCACACUGGUUUAGCACACUUAAGGAGUGGCCACGUAUCCACCAGGCCUCCCUGUCCUAUAUGAGUCCGGUACCACGACCACCUGACCUGCCCGCUGAGAAACCAUCCCGACCCAACCUUCUUUACCGCAUCCAACGCAGACUCAAGAACUAUUGGAACCCUCCUAUUGAAGAGCCACCAAAAGAGCCAGAGCCUGAGCGAUGGGAGAACAAAGAGAUCUCCACAGUGGAGUUGUCAGUUAGCACACACAAUAAGAACCCUGUUAAAAGACGUCUAGAUGAUUCAAUGCUGAUAACUCUGGAGCCAGACAGCCUCACAGUUGGCCAGUUUAUCAAAGAAGGAAUCAAAAAAGCAGUGGACCCCAUGCACCCUAUAGAAAAUUCCUUGCAGCUAGAAGCCAGUGCUGCUUGUCUCAAUCUCCCCAAGGAGGGCGCUGGCUAUUAUGACAUUGACAAUGAGGAAUAUGAGGCAAUGUCUGUGGAAGUGAGACUGUUGCCACGGAAACUGAGGUUCUUUUGCAGUGCAGAGCGCAAAGAGCAGCUUGCACAAGCUCUUUGACAACAGCGUUGUGAUGUCGGUUAUGUAAAUGUGUGGACAGUAUGAAGACUGCUGAACUUUUCACAAUGUCUAAGUCACUCAGUCCUGUUUUUAAUACUACAAGGUACUGGAACAAAACAGCAGAGUCAAAUGAACUUUGUGUUGUAAUUGGUUAACUAAGCAUGUGUCAUUGUACAAUUUAUUUUUGUACCCUAAUGGACGUCUUAAGACUUUAUUGUGGUAAAAAAUUAUCAUACCUCUUAUGUUUGAGGUUUCUGACAAGCAGUACAUUCAAAUGGUUUGUAACUGGGACGGUGGAUUUUUUUAAAGAGUAGAUGAGGAAAUAAUACCGUAUUCUUUAUACAGACAAACAACCUUUAGACUGGUUGACAUUAAGUGAAUGUAAAGUUUCUAGUAUUCAAAUGACUCAAAUUAAUACCAUGAAAGUCUGGAACUCUGGAACCUGCAGAGA